UUCUAAAAAUGCAUUAGUCUUGGCUCACGUCGGUUGAGUGUUGACCAUUAAUAUUAACGUCGGGAAAUUAUAAACGAAAAUAAUUAGACACAUAUUUAAAAUAAAUAACGGCUAAAACUCAUAAUAGAUCGUUAUUUUGUAUUUCCGAAUUAAUUUUUUUACCGACGUACUUAAUAAUUUUUUUGUGACAUCGCGGAUUUAUUAAAAUAUUUAAAUGGCUCAGCUUAUAAAUUUGAAAUUGUCCAGGAACGAUCAAUCUUCUCCGUGGGGAUUUAGAUUACAAGGAGGCAAAGAUUUUGGGACACCAUUGCUUAUACAAAAGGUGAAUUUUGGCAGUUUAGCUGAGAAAGCUGGUCUUCAAGUAGGUGACGCCUUGGUCAGGGUCAAUAAUCAAGAUGUAUAUGAUGUGAAGCACAAGGAUGCCCAAGAUGUUAUCCUGGGAGCUGGAAACGCUUUUGAAGUGACCAUACAACGUGGUGGAACAAGUACAUGGAAACCGUCAGUAACACCUGUUGGACCUAGUCCAGUGCCUAGCCGCCUAUCCCAAUCUCCACAAAUAUUAACAAAAACAUCGUUGGCCAAAGUUGGACCACAAUCUCCUGCAUUUGGUUCUUCACACAAUUCUGUUUCACGGCCAUACAGUGGAACUUCAUCGCCUAAAGUUAAUUCGAGUGGAUACAAUAAUGAUUCUGGAACUGUUAAAGCUAUUGUAAAUAAACAGUACAACACACCAGUAGGUAUUUACAGUGAGGAGAAUAUUGCUGAGACGCUUACAGCUCAAGCGGAAGUAUUAGCUGGAGGAGUAUUAGGAGUCAAUUUUAAGAAAAAUGAAAAGAAUUACGAAGCUAAUAAAAGUGAAGUGUUUAAAAUGGUACAAGAAGCCGAUAAAGAACCAAGGGAUUUAGAAACAGACCUACAAUCGAAAUUUGCAUAUUUCUCGGCUUCAAGCCAUGCAAUAGGGGGCCGUGCUACAUCACCACGCCCUAUAACACCUAUAGCUGCAAACAUGCACAUGCCUGAACAACGAGAUCCCUACUUGGGUUCUCCUUUGAAAGAAGUGGACAAAUUCGAGGAUAAUGCUAAGCGUAUUGAGUGCAGUGAUUGCAGAAACGAUAUUAUAGGUGUGUUCGUACGCAUCAAAGAUAAAAGUUUACACGUCGAGUGCUUUAAAUGCGCCACUUGUGGAUCGUCUCUGAAAAACGUGGGCUAUUUCAAUAUCAAUAACAAAUUAUAUUGCGACAUUCAUGCUAAAAUGGUUGCCAGACAAAAUCCACCGACACCAAAUUUGGAACCAGUUACUGUAGCACCAGGCUCAAAUCCACCAUUAGGUUCAUUCAAUAUAAUACCAAAUAAAUCAAAGGACGUACAAUCUGUGCAAUCACCACAACCAAGUACCUUAUCGCCAAUACCAUUCCACGCUCCAAAAGCUCCUAGUCAUGUAAACGCCCCCAAACAGCAGACUCCGUCAAAAGUUUUUUCAAAUGCUAAACCAUAUGAAGCACCAAAACAAACACCAACUGCUCCGAUAUUCACUAGUGGAUAUAACCAAGUUCAAACCGGCUUCAACUCUCAAUUGAAAAAAUCUAUUUCUUCAGAUGAGUCUAAAAAUUCUGUUAACUCCCAACCAAGAUUACCUUUCUUAAAACCCAAAUCUUCGACCGGUUCUGCAUUUUGUCCUGUGGUUUCUAAACCAUUAACUACGGACUCAAGUAUGUGUCCUACAUCGUGUGCUAAGGAUGUAUGUCGUACACUAAAUCAAUGCAAACAAUCGUUAAGUGCUUCAAUAUCCACGCAAAUGUUAAUAGAGUUAUCCAAAGAAGAUAGGUCUCAAUCACCAAUUCAAAAUUACAAUGAUCUAGAAACUUCUACUUCAGAAGUACCUCAUGAAAUUCGGUCUCUAUUGCCACCAAAUAAUAAUGUCAGAUCCAUUUCACCUACUCAUUUGGUAAUAUUUCCACCAGAAAUUCCACAGGAGUAUAGAAUUUACAGUAGGUCAAAAACCUCUACACCACAACCAAAGCAUGAAAUGAAUGUAGAAAUCGAAUCUCAGUGUUUAAUUAAUUCUACCGUUCAUCAAGUGGAAAGCACAAUUUCUCGUUCAACUGUUGAAUGCUUAGAAGUUGUUGAAUCAAAUUAUGUUCAAAAUGUUGAGUCGAGCAAUGUUCAAAAUGCUGAUGAACAUGAUAGUUCAAAAACCAAAAUAUUUGAUAUUGUAGAAGAUAAACCAAUUUCUCAUAUUACUAUUAUUGAACCUAAAAUCAAAUCAAAACAACCGGUAAUUGAAACAGAAGAAAAUAGAUCAGAAUCACCUAUGCUCGCCGCAUUAAAAACUGCUCCCGAAAGAAGUUAUUCUCCACUUCCUACUUUUGUGGACGCUUCAGAAUUUAUUACAAAUCCAAUAGAAAAUUCUGUAGAUGAAAAAAAACCAAUGACCAUGACAGAAGCAUUAGCAAUAGCUCCAGAUCGUAGUUAUAAAUUAACCGAAUCUAAUACACCGUCAAGACAUGUAGGGAACAAUCCAGUUCGAUAUAUGCAUGGGUACAAUAAAAAAACUCCCGUGGUUCCUUUAUUAAUGACAAGAUCGUUAAUUUAUUCACCCGCGUCAGCUAUAGAUUCAGAGGAAGAACAAAUUGCUAGUUUAGGAUUAAAAUCUUUUCCCCCUGUAUCGGAUGAGCUUAAAUUAUCCACAGCAGCAGGAGAUUUCGACCGUGACGAAUCUAGUUUUGACUAUGUAGAAGAACUAGUUUUUGAUGAUCCCAAACUUGAAGAGCCUAAAGAACUAAUAGAUGAAGGAAUAAACGAAAUACCUGAACCUUCUAAGUCUUUACCUAGACAUCCGUUCACCGCUUCAGGUCUCCAUGAGCCAUUUGAUAUACCACGAUAUCAACAAAGUAUACCAGAAAAUCCUCAUAGAGUUACACCCUCUGAAAAGUCUUCAACAAAAUUAAUAGGUCCAGGAAUCCAAGAAAAAGCAUCUACAUUUACACCAAAGGCAUCUAUAAAAAACGCUUCGUUUUUAAAACAAGAAACUCAUGUACAUUCUAAAGUUGCUCCUGCCUUAGGUUAUGAGCCAUCUUCUUUAGAUGGUGGUUCAUACAAAUCUAACAAUACUGAUCCUAAUGUUACGAAAUCGAGUAAAUCUGAACCCGUUUCAUCUAAUAGCACGUCUGUCGCUGCCACUCCAAAAUCUACUCCUACACUUAAAUCCUAUAAAGAAUCUAUACCAUUAACACCACAAGUUUCAAUUAAUGAUACCCUAGUAGAACCGGUCACUCCUAUGCCUAAAUCAUCAUUACCUGCCGCAUUGUUAUCUAAAAAAUUAACAUGUCUUACUAAAAAACAACAACCUAAAUGUGUUCCAACACCUAUACCCAUACCCGAUAUAGGUGGUCAGCCGACUGGAAGAACUGGUGCUUCGGCGGGUCUUACAGCACCUAGAAGGGGUCGUGGAGUGCUGAACCCACAAAAUUUGACCCCAGGUGCUAGAGUACCAUUGUGUGGGCAGUGCAAUUUGUACAUAAGAGGACCAUUUAUUACCGCUCUCGGAAAAAUUUGGUGUCCGGAACAUUUCGUGUGUACAAAUGAGAAGUGCAGACGUCCAUUACAGGACAUUGGUUUUGUGGAGGAAGACAAUGGCCUGUACUGCGAAUACUGUUUCGAGCAAUAUCUCGCUCCAGUGUGCUCAAAGUGCUCUAAGAAAAUUAAAGGGGAUUGUCUGAAUGCUAUUGGAAAACAAUUCCAUCCCGAAUGUUUCAAUUGUACAUAUUGUGGCAAACUUUUCGGUAACAGCCCGUUCUUUUUGGAAGAUAGUCUUCCAUACUGUGAAAAUGAUUGGAAUGAAUUAUUCACGACUAAAUGCAUAGCUUGUGGUUUUCCAAUUGAGGCGGGUGACCGUUGGGUCGAAGCUUUAAAUAGCAAUUAUCAUAGUCCGUGCUUCAAUUGCUCGAAAUGUAAGGUAAAUUUGGAAGGGCAGAGUUUCUAUGCAAAAGGAGGAAGACCUUACUGCAAGAGCCACGCACGUUAAUAUUAAUCGCAUACAUCAAUUGACCAUUGUGAAUAAUCAUUGAUAACUUACCAAACAAUUUUUAUUGACGUAUACAACCAUUUCAUUGUAAACCAUUUAUUUAUUUUUUAGUUUAGUUUUAGCUUAAAUAAUCCAUACAUUUUUAGACUUUAGACGAUGCUUGUUUUAAUUUAAUUAACAAAAUUGUACCAAAAAAUUAGUUUAGGCAUAAACUUAAUCAUUUAUUUAUUAAUUAUUACUUAUUACGUAGAUACCAAAGCCAAAUGUAUAUUUAGGUAAACACAUUAAAAUUUAAAAUUAUAUAACAAUAUUUUUAAAAUAACAUAUGCAAGCGACAUACAUAUAGUUUUAGUACCUAAGGUGCAUUUCACCAAUUUCUAACGUUAUACUUUGUAAUCCAGUAAGUUAUCUUAAAUAAAUUGAAUAUUUCUUUAUUCGUCGAAAAUAUUUUACUAUAGAGAAUAAUUUUAAUUAAAUUAUGGUAUUAUAUAUUUUUGAACUACUAAAGUACUGAACUGUAUGCAGUCUAGCUUGUUAUGUGUGUUACCUUUAAUGAUUUAUUUAAAUAAUUGUUGUAAUAUUUUUAUUUGGCUUUUACCUAAACAAUAUACAUGUUACCCAUUUAAAUUAUUAUAUAUAGUACCUAGGUAUGUAUCUAUCUA